AUGGCCAUCCCUCCGUCCACUCACACGCGAGAAGUGCGCAUUACGAUCCCCCAGCAGCAGUCGAUGGCUGCUACCAACCCCGAGGCCAGGGCCGCCCGCCCCAGCACCGAGCAGCCCCGCCUUGCCGAACCCAUGACCGUCGGUCUUCGUGGUGGCGGCGGAGGCGAGGGAGAGCCCUCCAAGGCGGGCCAUAUCGCUAAUCUUAUCCUCCGUAGGCUAUCUGCUGCGGUCUUUGCGCUGGCCUCUGCUGCUUUGAGUGCUGCGAGUGCUGCUGCUAGGCGCACGCCGCCCGCAUCCACCUGUUUAUAUCCGUCGGCCUAA